AUGAAUGAUGAGGUCGUAGCAAGAGACCCGCCCCCAAGCGCGCCUAUUCUGGAGGCUUCCCGGCGCGGUAAAAGCACCGCGCCUACCAGCUGGGUCGGGAAUCGGAUGCAGCAGGAUGCAGCGUCCAAUUUCACUGUCAACCGUUUCGGCAACACUCUCACGGCUAGACACCAGUCUCACUCAGAUCCUACCAUGUCCUUUGACGUCGUUUUCCCCGUCGCAUAUGAUGCUCCACAGCGAUCAAGUAUCAUUAGUGCUGAAAAUUAUAAUGAUCGCAUCGCGUAUGUCUUCGAAGACAUGUCUGUGCUACCCUCUCACAGCUCGUAUGCCUUGGCAAAUCACAUGGCUCGGAACUCCCACUCAUACCUCGAGUCUUCUUCCAAGGCUGACUAUAGCCUAACGCCCAAUAUCAAAGCUAAUGGCCAGAAAGAUUUGACUUGGUCAUUUUCUUGUCGCGCGACGGAAUCGUCUUCAGGGAAGAACAAGGCAUGGUUUUAUGAGACCUGCUUUUGUAAACAAGAUGGAUUCAGCCCUGAUAUGGUUAUUCGAUCUCAUAUCAUCACCAGAUUAGAUCUGGGGCCAACUCCAAGAUGUCGAUUAUCAAAGUUUGGAAUAAAUGAGACUCGGCGUUUUGAUCGAAACACCUAUCAAGGAUCGCAGGUCGAGUCCACGAGUCCAGUACUGUACAAGGGACAAAGGCGCUACCAUAUUGGGUCCAAUGUCCUGCAAUGCUUGGCCAAUCCACAAUCACCCUCCGCGGGUUACCUCAACGCCUGGAAUGCCGCUCGCGUAUUUGGGCCACUUGCCGCGAAAUCACUUGAAACCAAUCGUUGUGCACAUUUGACAAUUUGGCUUGACAAGAUUGCAGCAAUUGCAUCCCCGUCUUUUGGAAUGUUCUCGCCGAUCAUUUCAAUGCCUCGCUUCCUGCAGUCUCCUGAUGGAAUUGAUCAUGCGAGGUUGGUCGGGCAAGAUGCUGUGACGGGCGCCAGCUUUCAGACCAGCACCUUCACUGCAAGCGUCCUGACCAAUACCACGCACGCAAAAAUCGAUUUCGUCCUUAUAAUUCCUCAAUCUAAACUCGGAUGGAUCGCCAUAGGACAUGGUACGAGAAUGAGCAACUCGCGGAUGAUGAUAAUUUGGCCAGUAGGUGAACCAGACGAAGAAAAAGGUUGGGUGAUCUCUUAUCGCAGCACAACCGGGCACAUACUUCCCAAGUCACUACGUAUUUCAGAGGAGGAACCUCUGCUGAAGAUACAUCAAUCAAAAUCUGUGAAAAAGAGCACUGUUUCUUUCAAUUUCAUCCGUCCUCUCAGUCUGGGACCGUCAGAUACGUUGAGAAGAAAACCUGCACAAGAGUUUGUUUGGGCUGUUUCCUCUUUGCGCCCGCCAGGAAUGGAAUCGAAUGGAAGGAUACUUUAUCACGAUCUGGGAUACGGGCUUGUCAACUUAAACCUUGAUGAAACUUUACUUCCAAAUGGUACCAUUAGAUCCGAGACUUACUCUCUGCGAGAUCUUACUCACUCUUACCGACAUGACGGGCUCAUCACAGUACACGCAACGGUGCUUUCGGUAGCGUGGAUAUUCUGCGCUCCAGCGGCAGUCUUAUCUGCACGAUUUAUGAGAGCCAGCUCAUUAGAAUGGGUGAAGAUUCAUUGGAUCUUACAAAUCUUCACAGUCCUAUUAACCCUGAUUGGCAUAAUUUGUGCAGCUUGUGCUGUAGGAUCUGGCUCUCAUUUUGAUAGCCACCAAAAGAAGAUGGGUUUUUUUGUGGUGAUCGGAAUGCUAUUCCAAGUUUUGGAAGGAUACAUCAUUCACGCCUUUUCAAAAAAGUCAGAAACUAAGAGAGCAUUAAAAAACUGGUUGCAUAUCAUCUUCGGAUGUUCACUUAUCCUACUUUCCUGGGCGACAAUCGUUUCUGGUAUCGAAGAAUGGGAAGCCCAGGGACGCGGGACGCCAGUUUCCGUUUCUGUAAUCAUGGGGCUUAUGAUGGGGUUGGCUCUAUUUCUUUAUGCUAUGAGAUUAUGGCGCACAAGACAAGAUCAAGAUAAAAGUGAAGGUGACAAACAAAUUCAGUCGAUGAUUGAAAUAUCUCACUUGGAUGUGGAUGGCCGAUUUGAUUCCUCGCUCGAAAAAGAGUUGCUUGAAGUGAACGUGUUGAAUAGAGUCAAGGGGGAAUGA